AUGGAUGAUUCUGAAAAUCAAUCGCUCCUACACCCCACGUCCGGUCUGUAUGAAACUCUUUCCUACGAGUCGAUCCACGACAUCCGGACAAAUGGGCGUCCGGUGUCGAGCCGCAGCCCAAUCCCCGAGACAGCCCCCUACGGCCGCAACCUUACAUGGACGAGCGCCUAUAUCCUGGUGAUAUCGCGCGUCAUCGGCAGUGGCAUCUUCGCAACCCCAGGGUCAAUUGUGAAAUCUGUGGGAAGCGUUGGGUUGGCGCUCCUGGUAUGGCUCGUGGGGACCGUGCUCGCAGCAUGCGGCCUGGCUGUAUCGAUGGAGUUUGGCUGUAUGCUCCCUCGGUCUGGUGGCGACAAGGUCUAUCUCGAGUAUACGUAUCGGCGUCCUCGGUUUCUGGCGUCAACGUUGAUCGCCGUGCAGGCGGUUUUAUUGGGCUUUACGGCGAGCAACUGCAUUAUAUUCUCCAAGUACACCUGGUUCGCUCUGAGCUUUGAGCCAACGGAGUCGCAGCAAAAGGCUCUGGCGGUAGGCCUUAUGACUGCGAUUACCAUUGUUCAUGGGUGCUUCCUGAAAACCGGUAUAUGGAUUCAGAACCUGCUGGGAUGGAUGAAGAUUUUCAUGAUUGCCGCGAUGACACUGACGGGGCUCUGGGUGAUACUCUUUCGCCGGGAGGAACCCUGCAUGUCCAUGUCGAAUGAGGCGGGCAGGACAGGAUAUGACGUCUUUCUGUGGGACAAUUUAUGGAAAGGAUCGAACUGGAGCUGGAGCUUACUUUCCACAUCCCUUUUCAAAGUGUUUUACUCGUAUGCUGGGCUGAAUAAUGUGAACAACGUCCUCAACGAAGUCCAGGAUCCGAUCCGGACAGUCAAAUCUGUCUGUCCUUCCGCUCUCGUCACGGCUUGCGGUCUUUACCUACUGGCAAACAUCUCCUACUUUCUCGUCGUCCCCAUCGACGAGAUCAAGAACAGUGGGGAGCUCGUCGGGGCUCUCCUGUUCGAACGCGUUUUCGGUCCGCAUGUUGGCAGGACUCUGUUCCCUCUGGCGAUUGCCAUUUCCGCCGCAGGAAAUGUCAUGGUAGUCACGUUUGCCUGGGCCCGGGUGAAUCAGGAGAUUGCUCGACAGGGCUUUCUCCCUUUCGCCUCCGUGCUCUCAUCAUCUCGCCCGUUCAACUCUCCUCUGGGCGGCCUGAUUGUCCAUUAUAUCCCUUCGCUCUUGGUGAUUGUACUUCCGCCCCCCGGAGACGUCUACAAUUUCAUUCUCGACGUUGAGGGCUAUCCAGGCCAGAUCUUCGCCUUGGCUAUUGCGGUUGGCUUGCUGGUCUUGAGACGACGUCAGCCUGAUAUUACACGACCGUUCAAGGCAUGGCUUCCUGCGGUCUGGCUCCGAAUCAUCGUGUGCGUUGCUCUACUGGUGGCGCCCUUUAUUCCUCCUCCAGACAGAAAGGGUGAUGUGGGCUUUUUCUACGCAACAUACGCAGUCGUGGGCGUCGGCAUUUUACUCUUUGGGGUGCUUUACUGGUACGUCUGGACCGUUCUCCUUCCACGGUGGGGGGGGUACAGACUCGAAGAAGACGUGACUGUGCUGGACGAUGGGACCAGCGUUACGAAGCUCGUGCCGUCUCAGAACCAUGUUCUUCUAUAG